AUGGACCGUUCGCUAGACCAGUGUUUCCGCACUCCGCUAGCGAGUCCCACGUCGAGCGCACUGAACGGAUGCUUUGUCGCGCUUCUGUGGUGUGUGUUCUCGUUGAUUUUUGGGCUUUGUUGUCUCCACCAGCUUCUCUUUGGGGGCAUCCGGAAAGCCACCUGCAAGGGCGCCUGGACCAGAUACCAGCGGAUCAAGCUGGGGCUGGUUGCUGCUUUUGUGGUGGCCUACGUGCUCGAGUUCCAUGAAUUUAGUUUCUCGAGUUUGGAGUCCGCCGUGUACACUCUGCAUUUGAUUACGCUGUGCUUAGCUUUUUUGCUCCAUAGCAUAGAAACGGCCCGUUUCAUUGUCCAGCCAGGGUCGUUGCUCUUCUUUUGGCCGCUGCAGACCCUACUUGUGGCCAUGAUGGCAUUCCAGCAAAAAUUCAGCUCUCACAAGCUUGUUGACAACGCUAUUCUACUGGACCUGAUGGUAGCUUUGGGUUUGACGAUCACGGUGGCCGAGUACUGGAAAUAUCCCGUUUCCUACGAACUGAUCAAUUAUUGCAUUGAACACAACAUUGAGACAACCCAGGUGAACAUCGUUUCUCUCAUGACGUUCACCUGGAUGAAUGACCUCAUCAUGACUGGAUACCGGAAAAAAAGCUUGGAGCACAGUGAUCUGCCACCGCCGCCAGUUUUGGUCACAACUGCGUACGCAGCUCCCAAGCUUGAGCAGCAGUGGCGCAAGGAGCUGUCAAAAAGCAAACCGUCACUGCUAAUGGCACUGAUCCGCUCGUUUGGCUUCCCUGUUAUGAUCUCGCUGUUCUACGACAUGUCAGAUAGCAUCACCUCUUUUAUCCAGCCACAGCUGCUCAAACAGCUGAUUCGGUUUUUUGGCAGGACCGACGACCCGCCGAUCAUCAUAGGGUUCUCACUGGCCAUUGCGAUGUUCCUUCUCUCGCUCUUUGAGGCUCUGAUGUACAACCAGUAUUUUAUAAAGACCGUUGAAGCCUCUCUGGGUACCAAGGCUGGCCUGAUGAACCUGGUCUACUCGAAAUCGAUCAAAUUGUCUCCAGAAAGCAGACUGCAGCGCUCAACCGGUGAUAUCGUCAAUCUGAUGUCGGUGGAUGUGACGCGGUUGCAAGAACUGACUUCCUACAUUCAGACGCUAUUUAGUGCUCCUACAAGACUUGUGCUCUGUUUGUUGUCACUCCAUUCGCUGCUUGGCAAUGCUACAUGGGCAGGAAUCGGCACCAUGGCCAUCAUGAUGCCGAUCAACGCGUACCUCGUGCGGAGUCUGCGGAAAUUCCACCGUGAGCAGAUGACUCUCAAGGACCACCGGACCUCGCUGGUGGCCGAGUUGUUGCAGAAUGUCAAGUCUAUCAAACUGUACGCUUGGGAAAAGCCAAUGCUGGAGAGACUGUCCGAGGCGAGAAACGAGAAAGAACUGCGCAACUUGAACAAAAUUGGUAUUCUUUCUGCCGUGGUGAAUUUUGCCUGGACCUGUGUUCCAUUUUUUGUGUCGUGCUCCACGUUUGCAAUUUUUGCGUACACCUCGAAAACGCCGCUUACGCCAGAAAUCGUGUUCCCGGCCUUGUCGCUCUUUGACCUUCUAUCCGACCCGAUUUUUGCCAUUCCGGCGCUCAUGACUGCAAUGAUUGAGUCCGGUGUGUCUCUUAAAAGAUUGACGGACUUUUUGCUUGCCGACGAGAUAGACAACGAGCUGUUUACCAGACUCCCAAAACAAACCAGUAUUGGUGCGGUUUCCGUGGAGAUAGACAACUGCAACUUCUUGUGGUCCAAAAUUCCCCAAAAAUACCAGGAUAACUAUGACGAGGAGCAGAAUAUUGACGAGACUAAAAUCGCACUGAAAAAUGUCAAAUUCACCGCGAAAAAGGGCCAUUUGACAUGCAUCGUGGGGCGCGUGGGAGCCGGCAAAUCGACGUUCCUCCAGUGCAUUCUAGGAGAGCUGGGCUCGCUCCCUGUGGACCCCCAAAAGAAACAGAAAAUAGAAGUCCACGGCUCGGUGGCUUACUGCUCGCAGGUCCCAUGGAUCUUGAACGCUUCGGUGAAGGAAAAUAUCCUGUUUGGCCACAAAUUUGAGCCUGAUUUCUACGAAAAGACGAUACAGGCGUGCCAGCUGAAACCGGAUCUUGAGAUUUUGCCAGACGGUGAUGAGACGCUUGUUGGUGAGAAAGGUAUCAGUCUCUCGGGUGGGCAGAAGGCCCGGCUGGCUCUUGCAAGAGCGGUCUACAUGCGAGCCGAUGUGUAUCUGCUAGACGACGUCUUAAGUGCCGUCGACGUCCACGUUGGACAGAAGCUGAUCCGUGACGUUUUGGGUCCAGACGGAAUUCUCUCCACCAAGGCCAAAAUAUUGGCUACCAACAAUAUUAAGGUUCUGAGUCGCGCAGAAAAAAUAUACCUGAUUUCCAACAACGAGAUUUCCGAGUCCGGCUCGUUCGACGAGGUGAUGGCCGCUAAAGGCCAGCUAUUUGCGCUGGUGUCCGAUUUUGGCCAAAACACUGAAGAGGAGGACUCCACCUACAUACGGAGCUCAUCCGCGUCGACGGUUGCAGAGAUCGAAAGGGACAUUGAGGAAGGCGGGUUUGAGUACGCGGGAGUCGAGCCCGCAGACUUGGUCAAGGUGGCGUCCCGAAAAUCUGUCGGAGCGGCCAGCGUGCUGUCUCUGGGCCGCAAGCAAUCGCUCGCCAAGAUCGAACGCAGAACAGCCCAGAAAGAAGAGAAGAAGGAGAAGGGUCACGUGAGCCUGUCAGUGUACAGCAACUAUGCUCGUGCGUGCAGCUACACGGGGAUUUUCAGCGUUUGUGGCCUGAUUGUCAUCACUGUGGGGCUUAGCGUCUGUGGCAACUACUGGCUGAAGCACUGGGGAGAACAGAACGACAAGACGGGCUCCAACGACCACGUCGGCAUGUACGUGGGAGUGUACGCUCUAUUUGGAAUCGGUUCGGGUUUAUUCACGCUUUUCAGAGCCAUGAUCAUGUGGAGCUGGUGCUCGAUCCGGGCGUCGAAGAAAUUGCACAACGAUAUGGCGACUGCAGUGCUGGCGUCGCCAAUGUCGUUUUUCGAAACAACACCGCUGGGAAGAGUCAUCAACAGGUUCAGUCAGGACAUGUCCAAGAUCGACUCUGCGUUGCCACGGGUGUUUGCUGCGGUGUUCAAUUCUGUCGUCAAGACAAUAUUCACUCUCGUGAUCAUUGGAUCUACGAUGCCGCCGUUCCUGCUCAUCAUUGCUGCGCUCUCGGUGGUUUACCUGUACUACCAGAAAUUCUACAUUAUUGUCUCGCGCGAUCUGAAGCGAAUUGUUUCCAUCACCAAGAGCCCGAUUUUUGCUCACAUCCAGGAGUCGCUCUCCGGCGCAGAGACCAUCCGGGCGUACGAUCAGGAGUCGAAAUUCGUGUACAAGCACUGCUCCAACAUCGACCUGAACCAGGUCUCUGCCUACUGCAUGAAGUCCGUCAACAGAUGGCUGUCCACCAGACUGCAGUUCAUCGGCUCUGUGGUGAUUUUUUCCACAUCAACACUCGCUCUGCUGUCCCUGCGGACCAGUCAUCCGCUCAGCGCAGGUCUGGUCGGUCUGGUGAUGAGCUAUGCGCUCAGAGUCACCAGUUCGUUGAAUUUUAUUGUUAAACGGUCGGUGGAAAUCGAGUCGGACAUUGUCUGCUGCGAGCGGGUGUUCGAAUAUUGCAAGCUGGAGCCAGAAGAGAAACUGAAAAACCCCGCAAGCCCGCCGCCAAACUGGCCGUCAAAGGGAACCAUCGAGUACAAAAACUAUUCGACCCGCUACAGGGACAACUUGGACCCGGUGCUGAAAAAUAUUAAUUUAAGCAUCCGUGCAGGCGAGAAAAUCGGAAUCGUGGGCCGCACGGGGUCGGGAAAGUCAUCGCUGAUGCUGUCGCUGUUCCGGAUCAUCGAGCCGAUCGAGGGCCACAUCGAGGUGGACGGCGUUAAUACCAGCACGCUGAGCCUGCAUGACGUGCGGAGCAACCUUGCUAUAAUCCCGCAGGACGCCCAGUGCAUCAACGGCACGGUCCGCUACAACCUGGACCCGCUGGCGCAGUAUGCAGAUGCCCAGCUGUGGAGAUGCCUCGAGCUAGCCGGAUUAUCCGAUCACGUGACCAAAAUGGCGAGAGAGCAGCAAGUGGAGUCGGGGCUCGAUUGCAUGCUGAGUGAGAGCGGGAUGAACCUGAGCGUGGGGCAGCGGCAGCUGAUGUGCUUGGCCCGCGUGUUAUUGCGUUCGCAGGAGUCUCGUCACGAGAGCAUGAGCCGCGCCAAAAUUCUCGUUUUGGACGAGGCCACUUCGAGCGUCGACGCGCAAACCGAUAAAAUUAUUCAGGAAACGAUCCGAUCCGAAUUCAAAAAACUUACGAUCCUGACGAUUGCGCAUCGGCUGGACUCGGUUAUGGACAAUGACCGGGUGCUGGUGCUGGAUAAUGGAGAGGUGCAAGAGUUCGACAAUCCGCAAAAGUUGCUGGAAAAGCCGGACUCCUACUUCUACCGGCUCUGCGUGGACGGCGGGUAUGUGAAGAGGGAUUGA